AUGCCUCGAGCUUCGCGGGCCAGUGCCGUCGACACCGACGCGUCAAUGGUGGAUGCCACGCCCGAGAGCGCAAAGCGCGGAGGUGAUGAAAUGGAAGUGGACGAGACCCCCGACUAUACCGACUCAGAUACCAACCCAAACACCACAGCGAGUAGCGUCGCCGGAGACUUGACAGUAGACGGCCGCAAGCGCCGCACAGAAGCCAACCAGCUUCGCAGGAGUAUAUUUGGCAGGAAACAUGACCGCCUUGGCGAGUCCAAGGAGGAUGACACUCUGCGCCGAUUUCGGUAUCUCUUGGGCCUGACGGACCUUUUCCGUCACUUCAUCGAGACCAACCCCGAUCCCAACAUUCGAAGCAUCAUGGAGAAGAUAGAUGCGCAGAACCAGGAAGCAACCAAGGGAAAGAAGGGAGCCAGUCGCCAAGGUGGCGCGUCUAGCGGUAGGGUUCGCCGGACAGAAGCCGAGGAAGACGCUGAGCUGCUCAAGGACGAGAAACACGGAGGAUCGGCCGAAACCGUCUUUCGCGAGUCCCCUGCUUUCAUCCAGGGCACCAUGCGCGACUAUCAGAUUGCCGGUCUUAACUGGCUGAUUUCACUACACGAAAACGGUAUUUCGGGUAUUCUUGCCGACGAGAUGGGUCUCGGCAAGACGCUACAAACCAUUUCAUUCUUGGGAUACCUCCGGCACAUCAUGGGCAUUACGGGCCCUCAUCUGGUUAUAGUACCCAAGUCAACCCUGGACAACUGGAAGCGCGAGUUUGGGAAGUGGACACCCGAAGUCAAUGUGCUUGUCUUGCAAGGAGCCAAAGAUGAGCGCGCAGCCUUGAUUGCAGAGCGUCUUGUUGACGAAAGUUUUGACGUCUGUAUCACCAGUUAUGAGAUGAUCCUCCGCGAGAAGAGCCACCUGAAGAAGUUCGCCUGGGAGUACAUCAUUAUCGACGAAGCCCAUCGCAUCAAGAACGAAGAGUCUUCUCUGGCUCAGGUCAUCAGGCUAUUCAACUCGCGUAACCGUCUCCUGAUCACCGGUACCCCACUACAGAACAACAUCCACGAGCUUUGGGCUUUGCUCAACUUUCUUCUACCAGACGUAUUUGGAGAUUCUGAGGCCUUCGACCAGUGGUUCUCAGGUGAAGGACAAGACUCGGAUACAGUGGUUCAGCAACUACACCGCGUCCUGCGACCUUUCCUACUGCGUCGUGUGAAAGCUGAUGUGGAGAAGAGCCUGCUGCCCAAGAAGGAAGUCAACUUGUAUCUCAAAAUGACCGAGAUGCAACGCACCUGGUAUCAAAAGAUUCUGGAGAAGGAUAUCGACGCAGUCAACGGCGCCAAUGGCAAGCGGGAGUCCAAAACUAGGCUUCUCAACAUCGUCAUGCAGCUACGGAAGUGCUGCAACCACCCCUAUCUAUUCGAGGGUGCCGAGCCCGGCCCGCCGUAUACCACCGACGAGCACCUGGUCUACAACUCGGGUAAAAUGGUAGUCCUGGACAAGUUGUUGAAGCGUCUACAGGCUCAAGGAAGCCGCGUACUCAUCUUUUCCCAAAUGAGCCGUGUUUUGGACAUCCUUGAGGACUACUGUGUUUUCAGGGAGUACAAGUAUAGCCGUAUAGACGGAGGUACCGCCCACGAGGACCGGAUCGCUGCCAUCGACGAGUACAACAAGCCCGGCUCGGACAAGUUCGUCUUCCUUCUCACCACUCGUGCCGGUGGCUUGGGAAUCAACCUGACUACUGCAGACAUUGUCAUUCUGUUUGACAGUGACUGGAAUCCCCAGGCCGACUUGCAAGCUAUGGAUCGAGCUCACCGUAUCGGUCAAACAAAGCAAGUCUACGUCUACCGCUUCCUGGUGGACAAUACCAUUGAAGAAAAGGUCUUGGAGCGCGCUGCGCAGAAGCUGCAUUUGGACAGGUUGGUUAUCCAACAAGGCAGGGCUCAAGUUGCUGCCAAAGCAGCGGCGAACAAGGACGAGCUGUUGUCAAUGAUCCAGCACGGUGCGGCCAACGUUUUCAACAAGGAUUCCGAUAGCGAUGUGGUCAAGUCUGCCGACGAUAUCCAAGAUGACGACAUUGAAGCCAUGCUUGCUUCCGGUGAAAGCCGCACUCGUGAGCUCAACGCUCGUUACGAGAAGCUUGGUAUUGAUGACCUGCAGAAGUUCUCGUCCGAGUCUGCCUACGACUGGAAUGGCGAGAACUUUGCCCUGGUCAACAAGAGCAAGGAUAUAGGUGCCAACUGGAUUAACCCAGCCAAGCGAGAGCGCAAGGAGCAGACCUACUCGGUGGACAAGUACUACCGUCAGGCUAUCUACGGCCACACAGGCCAGCCCAAGGAGGUCAAACCCAAAGCUCCUCGUCCUCCGAAGCAGGUCCACAUUCAGGAUUAUCAGUUCUUUCCACCAGAGCUCCGCGACCUGCAGGAUCGGGAGACUGCAUUUUACCGCAAGGAGAUCGGCUACAAGGUGCCUUUGCCCGACGGCGAUGAUGCUACCUUGUCGGACCGGGAGGCUGAGCAGGCUCUCGAUCAGCAAGAAAUUGACAACGCCACGCCGCUCACCGAGGAAGAGCAACAGCGGAAACAGGAGCUGUCAGAACAAGGAUUCUCGGAUUGGAACCGGAGGGACUUCCAGCAGUUCGUCAAUGGUUGCCAUAAGUUUGGGCGAAAUGAUUUCGAGGGCAUCGCUACUGAAGUGGCGGGCAAGACGGCCGCAGAAAUCAAGGCAUACUCCAAGGUCUUUUGGCAGCGCUACACCGAAAUUGCCGACUACCACAAAUACAUCAAGACGAUUGAGGACGGUGAGGAAAAGCUCCGCAAGAUUGAGCAUCAGCGCAAGAUGCUGCGCAAGAAGAUGUCACAGUAUCGUGUACCAUUGCAGCAGCUUAAGAUCAACUACUCGGUGUCGACAACCAACAAAAAAGUUUAUACCGAAGAAGAAGACCGAUUCCUGCUCGUGCAGCUUGACAAGCAUGGCAUCGACUCCGACGGCAUCUUUGAGACCAUUCGGGACGAGAUCCGUGAUAGCGCAUUGUUCCGCUUUGACUGGUUCUUUUUGAGCCGCACCCCAACCGAGCUCAGCCGACGCGCGACCACCUUGCUCACUACUAUUGUCAAGGAGUUUGAUGAUAUGAACACGACUAAGGGGGCCAACGGAACUGCGAAUGGCCGUGCCAAGCGUGACGUUGAUGACGAGGAGAACGACGAGGACAGCAUCCUGGGAAUGGCACCCCCCAAGAAAAAGGCCAAGAACGGGGUCAAGAACAAGACACUAGAUAAUGUCAAGUCAACUACAGCAAGCAAAACCAACUCGGCAGCUCCUUCAAGGGCAUCAAGCGUAAACUCCAACACAUCACCUGCGCCUCCGGCCAAAAGCAAGGCCAAGGGCAAGAAGAAAUAA